AUGGAUGCGAUUAAGGCUAGUAGCGGCACCGACUGUGUUCAUGUCGAGACAAGCACCAGCUCGGAUGCGCCUCACAAUACUUCCCCUGCAGCAACAGGUGGCAAUGAGCUACAAGAAUACAAGGUCUAUAAGCGCCGAUUCUUCGGCCUGGCGCAGUUGGUAUUGUUGAAUACUAUUGUUAGUUGGGAUUGGUUAACCUUCUCCGCCGUCUCCAAGACUGCCUCGGAACAUUUUCGUGUCUCAGAAGCCACGAUCAACUGGAUGAGCAUAGCCUUCCAAUUGGCCUUUUGCAUUUCUGCCCCCGUGGUCAUUUGUGCCCUCAAUAAAGGGGGUCCUAAGCUCUCCCUCACGGUCUCAGCUGUGCUCCUUCUUCUCGGCAACUGGAUUCGCUAUGCGGGCACACGAGCCGGCAAUAGCAUCUUCGGCCUUGCAAUGUUCGGGCAGAUUUUGAUUGGCCUUGCGCAACCCUUCUGCCUAAGCGCCCCCACGCGUUACAGCGAUCUAUGGUUCACAGGCAAAGGAAGAACCAGUGCAACGGCCAUCGCGACCCUUGCGAAUCCCUUUGGCGGUGCGCUGGGCCAGCUGAUGGGGCCGAUCUUGGCAACUAAAAGUUCCGACAUCCCGAAUAUGGUGCUCUACGUGUCUAUAAUUGUAAGCAAAAGGAAGAAAAUAUCUCCUCUCUUUACUGAAAAUCUAUCUCCUAUCUCCCUCGUCUGGGGAUGUGAAAAUCUAUGGCAAUUUAGAAUCAUCAAGGCACUGUACGGAUUUUGGGCCUAUGGAAUGUAUCUGAAUAGUCCACACAUAUCCUCCUUGCUCAACCAGAUCCUCGAGCCUUAUGGCUUCAGCGAGACUGAAGCCGGCAUCACCGGCGCCCUGCUGAUUGUCGUUGGCCUUGUCGCCGCGGCCAUAAUCUCCCCCAUCACAGACCGCUACAAGAACUACCUGCUCCUGACAAAAGUGCUCGUCCCCAUCAUUGCGGUCUGCUACAUCGUCUUCGUCUUCGCGCCGCGCGCCACCAGCAUCGCCGGCCCCUACGUCAUCGCCUCCCUGCUGGGCGCGUCCAGCUUCGCAGUCCUCCCUAUCAUCCUCGAGUACACGGUUGAAAUUACAUACCCAAUGUCGCCGGAGGUGACCAGCGCCGUUUGCUGGACAGGCGGCCAACUACUCGGCACGUCAUUUAUUCUCAUUGAGAAUGCGCUGAAGGCAGGUGAUGAUGCGCAUCCGCCGAACAAUAUGAACCGCGCCUUGAUUUUUCAGGCUGUGGUGGCGUCUGUUGUGGUGCCUUUGCCGCUCUGUCUGGGGCUGUUUGGACGGAAUCCGAGGAGACUGAGGCUUGAGGCGGAGACCGCAGCAGAACAAUUACUAUUUCAGGCCCGGAGCGCAGGGAAAUAA